AUGGCUGCCCAGAACCCAAAUCCAGAAGAGGCACCGACGGCCCCCGAUACGAAGACAGGAGAGGAAUCGGAUGUAGACCCCACCGCCGCACCUAUAGUUGAAGCGACGCCAGUAGAAUGCGAGGCGGUGAUCUUGACCCCGGCGGAGCGAAAGGCUCUCAUUGACGAUGCGCGGUCACAUAAGGCGAAAGGGAACAAACACUUUCAGGGCGGGGAGUAUGCCGCGGCGAUUGAGAGAUACGAGGAAGCCUUAGCGCUAGCUCCAGAAGACGAAACCGAAGAGCGCGGCAUCUUCUUCGCCAACAUCGCGGCAUGUCAUAUCCACCUGAAAGACUACCCAGAAGCCGCACGGAAUUGCACAAACGGUAAGGUUCCAAUCCUCAAUUUCGAUGACCAAACAAUCAGUCCUCACCUCAACCCGACUCCAUUUGUCUUCCGGGCCACAGCCCUAAAAUGCAAACCAGACUACCUAAAAGCCCUAACCCGCCGCGCCCUCGCAAACUCACAUAUCGGGUCCUGGGCAUCCCUCAGUGAUGCGUUGAAAGAUUACAAACGCAUCCUAGAACUAGACCCCCACAACCGCGAAGCCGCGCGGUCAGUCAAACUCCUCCCGGGGCAGAUCGAGGUGCAGCAGGAGAAAGAAAAGACGGAGAUGCUCGGAAAACUGAAAGACCUCGGCAACACCUUCCUGGGCAAUUUCGGCCUCUCGCUGGAUAGUUUCCAGAUGAACAAGGAUGAGAAGGGCGGGUUUAGUGUCAAUAUGAAGAAGUGA